AUGAGAUUCGAUCACAUUGCCCUCCUUGCUGCUGUGGCUGGAUCUGCAGCAGCCGCUCCUUCCAAAAAUGCAAAGAGAGCCUCACCCUUCCAAUGGUUCGGAACAAGCGAAUCAGUAGCUGAAUUUGGCGAGACGAACAUCCCUGGCGUCUAUGGAACCGAUUAUUACUUCCCCGAUGCCAGUGCAAUCCAAACAUUGGCUGAAAAAGGAAUGAACAUCUUCCGGGUUGCCUUCAAGAUGGAACGGCUGGUACCGGGCACCAUCACAGGAGGGUUCGAUGCUGCCUAUCUAAGCAAUCUGACCGCGACGGUCAAAGCCAUCACUGAUGCAGGAUCCCACGCCGUGCUUGAUCCGCAUAACUAUGGAAGAUACAACGACGAGAUCAUAUCAAGCCCCUCCGACUUCCAGACAUUCUGGAAGAAUGUUGCGGGGGAAUUCGUUUCGAAUGAGCUAGUCAUCUUCGACACAAGUCAGUAUCCCAAAUAUUUUGGUCGCAUCACAGGCCGCCUUUUAACCAAAUCAUGUAUAGACAACGAGUACCACGACAUGGAUCAAGACCUCGUCCUAAACCUCAACCAAGCAGCCAUUGACGGCAUCCGCGCAGCGGGGGCAACAAGCCAAUACAUCUUCGUCGAGGGCAACUCCUGGACCGGCGCGUGGACCUGGGUCGACGUGAACGAUAACCUGAAGGACUUGACUGAUCCCGAAGACAAGAUCGUCUAUGAGAUGCACCAGUACCUCGACUCGGACGGAUCAGGCACGAACGAGGUAUGUGUGUCGACGACGAUUGGAAAAGAGCGCGUAACGGAUGCCACACAGUGGCUCAAGAAUAACAAGAAGGUUGGUGUUAUCGGCGAGUUUGCCGGUGGUGUGAAUGAUGACUGCAAGGCUGCAGUUACAGGCAUGCUUGAUUACCUUGGUGAAAACUCGGACGUCUGGCUCGGAGCAUUGUGGUGGGCUGCUGGACCUUGGUGGGGUGAUUAUAUGUUUAGCAUUGAGCCUCCCACUGGAGCGGCGUACACUGGUAUGAUGUCGACACUUGAGCCAUAUUUGGUGUAA